AUGCCCUCCACUCCGUCUUUGAGGGUGAUGUUGUUGACACAGUACUGUCCUUCGUUGUUAGGCAGUGGCUUGAAAGAGGCCUGUUUGCACCUGCUGAAGAGUUUUCUCGGGUCUGAUAUAUCUGGCGCCUGUGAAUCAGGAAAAUAUGGUUUGGACUGUAGCUACACCUGUAACUGUGACGCUGCCAACUGCCAUGACGUCACAGGUUGUUCUGGUAGUUGCCGGGAAGGAUGGUCUGGACCAAGAUGCACAACAGAAAAUGUAGCUUUAUUGAAAACUACCUAUCAGAGUUCAUACUAUGAUGGCAUUCCGCGGAAUUCGUCUGCGCAUGCUGUAGAUGGCAGCCGUAAGACUGAUAAUGGAGUAUUCUGCAUACUAACUGACGCACAGCCAUACACGUGGUGGGAAGUAGACUUGGGAAGAAACUACUACAUACACAAUCUGGUUAUUUACUUCCGCACCGACUACACAGUUCGUAAAACUGGAGUAAAUGUAUACAGUUCUCUGUUUGCAAAUCAAAGUAACACUGGACACUGGUGUGGAGACACAACACCAAGUAGUCCGUUCAUAACACAUCUGACCUGUGAUGACACCGCUAGAUACAUCACCCUCUACAGAAACACAGGACGUGGUAGCUCAGUAAUGGACUUUUGUGAAGUUGAAGUAUAUGUCUGUGAUCCUGGAACUUUCGGUGAUGACUGUACUCAGUUCUGUCACUGCCUGAAUGGACCGUGUAACUACACAACUGGGGAAUGUGCAGGAGGAUGUAAACCAAACUGGACUGGACAGACGUGCGGUGUCUGUGAUUCCAGUCACUAUGGCGAACUGUGUAGUGCAGACUGUUCCACUAGACAUUGUAAUGGGUCAUCAUCGUGUGACAGGAUCACAGGACGGUGUGACAAUGGAUGUAGAGCAGGAUGGAUUGGAGCAGACUGUAAGACAAAAUGUCCACAGGAUCGAUAUGGACAGGGAUGUGGAAGUCGUUGCCAAGACAGACAUUGUCAUGGGAAAUAUGACUGUUAUCACGUGGCUGGAGAGUGUGUCAGUGGCUGUGAUAGAGGAUUUCAUUCACUCGACUGUACAAUACCAUGUCAGGAUGCCUACGGUUUUAAAUGUAACAUGUCUUGUGAUGUCAGACACUGUCUUGGUAGUAGGGACUGUGCCGUGUUUUAUGGAAGAUGUACAGGUGGUUGUCAAGCUGGCUGGGAGUUACCUGACUGCACAACCGAAUGUCAAGGUGGUACAUUUGGACCCGGAUGUCAGUCAAAGUGUAGUGAACGACACUGUAAAGGAGACAGCCAAUCUUGUGAUGUAGAGAAUGGAACAUGCCAACAUGGCUGUCAGCCCGGAUGGAAGAGUCCAAGUUGUAACAUACCAUGUGACAGUGGUACAUAUGGCGCCGACUGUAAAUUCAAAUGCACACAAAGACACUGCAAAGAGAGUACGACCAGCUGUAACCGCGUGACUGGUUUUUGUGACGGUCCGUGCCAGAAUGGAUGGUUGGGGAUCGACUGCACAGGUUGUGAUGGGAAGUAUGGACCAGACUGCAGUUCGUCUUGUGCUGACAGACACUGCAAAGAUGGUGACGCACCGUGUGAUUAUAUGACUGGAUCUUGUAGUGGACCAUGUCGGGCCGGUUGGCAAGGUGCUACAUGUACAGACAAUUGUGAUACAGAUCAUUAUGGCGUGAAUUGUGAAUCAAUGUGUGCAGACCGACAUUGCAAGGGGGAACAACUUUGUCACCAUGAACUGGGAUACUGCAAUGGUGGGUGUCUGGCAGGGUGGACAGGACUUACAUGCGUUGAAGCCCAAGUUGACACUGGCAACACUGACACCAGUAACAGUGAUUCCACCAGUAUCGCAUUUGCCGUUGUGGCGGGUAUUCUGUUUGUACUGUUAGUCAUAGUGACGAGUCUUUUCAUCUGGCACAUUAAAACUCACAGAGUGAAGUCGGACUUGUAUCAGCAAGAGAUGAGAAAAACAAACACGAACCUGCCAAAUCAACCUACAGAUCCAAGUGCUGUAGAAUAUGAAAUUGUUGAUAGACAAGAUGGCGGUCCCAGCAAUCCCAGAAUUCCCAGUUCUCAACAAGUCGAUACGUCCCGUUCAGCCAAUUAUGGCAAUUCUUUGACGCCACGUAAUCAUAUGGAUGCGCAGCCGAGACAUUCUGACAGUGAGGGUGGCUAUGUUAAUGCAGGACAAACGAAUGAAUACGAAAAGCUUGAUUUAUCCAACCCACCGCAGAAUGACUAUGAUAGGAUAACUGGUGUUUAGACAAAUGAGAAUGAACAUUUGGUUGACGAAUGUUGAUACUUUUACCUUGUCGUUCUAAACUGACAUUGCCAUUAUGGAAUUUGUUUCACAAUAGCUUAAGAUACUCAGCUGACAUUUUGUGUAUAACGUUAUCCUGUUGAGUUACGGAUCAAGUUUGAUUUUCAUGAGGAUUUACUCGUUUUCUGACAUAGUUAAGGACCCUUGAAUUUAGACGACAUGAAAAUCUGUCUGCUCGAUAGGGGCCACAUAUUAGAAUUCUUGUUUUUAUAGAAGUUGGACCGACAGAACUGUUUUGUAUGUGUCAAUAUACCACAAAGGUUUCACACACACACCCAAGUCCUGUCCAAAAAUAAACUUUGAGUGCUCAGCCGAAUAGGUUUCAGGUGAUUUGAGCAAUUUAGAUGGACUGCAAAAAUAAAUUGCGUCGGAAUAUGUUCCUAAAAUAAAUAUAACUUUUAGGACAGGUGCCAAAAAAUAUAAAGUCCGAAUAAGCCCUUACCUGGCGGCAAAGUUUCGUUGAAAAGGUUCCUGCACGUCUAGGAGUGGAAGAACUUGCCGGUAGUCGGGUUUUUUUAACAACCUUUCAAUGCAGGGGUACUACAUGCAAAGAUCGUCUUGGUCACGCGGUGAAUAGCUCAAUUGUCCAUCUUCCCUAAAAGGAGUCCCUGGCUGUAGGUCCCCUCCCGGCUGACCGUCUCUCCGAUAAGUAGUCCCUGGCUGUAGGUCCCCUCCUGGCUUUCCAUCUUCCUGAUAAGUAAUCCCUGGCUGUAGUCCCCCUCUGGCUGGAUCCAUCACCCUGAUAAGGAGUCCCUGGCUGUAGUUUCCCUUCCAGCUGUCCAUCACCCUGAUAAGGAGUCCCUGGCUGUAGAUCUCUUCCCGGCUGCCCAUCUCUCCGAUAAGGAGUCCCUGGCUGUAUAUCCACUCCCGACUGUCCAUCUCUGCGAGAAAAAGUGCCUGGCUGUAGUUCCACUCCCGGCGUUUCGUAAUACAGAUACCCUCCGCCCCCUCCUUAUGGGUGAUGUUGUCAUUACAGUACUCUCCUUUGUUGUAUGGCUGUGGCUUGAACGGAGGCCCGGUUAGACCUGCUGAAGAGAUUCCUUGGGCCUGUCACGUCUGGUAUGAUCACGUUCCUCUAACGUGCACAUAGUGUAGGAGCACACAAGGUAUAUUCCCCUCGAUCGUUUUCAGGGCUGUGUCCUGGAUCCGGUUCUGAUAUCGAUGCUGGUCGAGGACGAAAAGUAUCAGUUCUCAUUAGUGGUGGGGCUGCCUUUCCCUGCUGCACCUUGGGCUGUGUGGCUGGCUGGAACCUCCUUAUAAGUUACAUGGUCCUUGUGUCUAGACAUUGGAGAUUCCUUAAUAAUAAUACAAUAUCUAUAUUCUAAGGGGAUAAUUUAAUUGGAAUCGUAUUUUAUUAGUAGCAUACUUUGUUGACUUGCAUCAAUACAAGCUGUAGAUCGAGUGUUCUCUGGCUGUAAUCUAUUUAUGUAAGAAUACUGCAAGAGUGUACUUUGUGUAACAGAUUGUCAACUUUCGACAACUUAACGAUCGCCAAGUUCUGUAUACGUGUACAUGUAUUUCCUUAAAUAUGACCAUACAGAUCUUUAGAUGUUCCAAAUAACACCAAACUUACAAGUUAAUGCUUACCGUAGAUGCUAUAAGAAGAAACCUGCGACCCUUAUACAAACCCAACAAACUCUGUUUUUCUGAGCGGGGUGUAGGGUUUCUUCCUGAAGUCCCUGUACUAUUUUGUACAAUACAAGUUUGAUGUCAUGGGUGAACCUCGAAAGAAUCAAGCUAAAGAGCUGUAGUAUAUGCUUUAUAAAAUGUGUAUUUUAGACACAAUGUAUUGUACACCUAAUAAGGCAGAAACAAAUCACUUUCCGUCCCCAACAAACACAAGAUAUUAUGAAUAUGGUACAGUUGUAAACACACACACACACACACACACACACACACACACACACACACACACACACACACACACACAUUUUAAAAAAUGUUUCGUAUGACAAAUUGACAUUAAGUUGUAUAGGCUAAAUGUCAUUGUGUAUACUCCUAUAUCAAAAAUGAGUCUUUAUCCCUCACAACUUGAUGGUAACGUUUUUUUAUAAUGUAAUUCAAUUUAAAAUGAAUUCAGGUUGGAUUAAAACUUUUUUAUAUGAGUUUUAGUAGUAUUCAUAUUAGAGUUGUAUACCUAUUCAUCAGUUUCCUUUGACAUAAUUGGACUAUACAUAUGGUGUAUGUAGAAUACACUAUUUACAACUUGUAAUAAGCUAUGUUGUACUUGGAACACAUUAGCAUAUUGUUUUGCCUUUGUAAACUGUGUAGAUAAAUAGGAUAAUAAACAAAGUAUACUUAC